UCGAGGCUGCUACCAGGUUGAGACACGUGGACUCCGAUCCCGACUACACGAGUCGCGACGCCAUGGCUUCUUCCAUUGCGCAUGCAACGACUGGCCGGGCAGCCGUGUCGGCUGCCUUGCUGGCGGGGUCGGGAUCCCUUACCUCCGCAGCGUCCCACCGCAGCGGGCCCGUCAGCAGUCACGGAGCCGUGCUGCACCUCGUCUCUCCCUCUCCCUCCUCCUCCUCCUCCUCCUCCCCCUCCCCCUCUUCCUCCCCCUCCCCCUCUUCCCUCUCCUCCUCGUUGCAGCUGGAGAGGAAUGUUGGUAGCUCGAGCUCGGCAGCGUUUGGACGGGUGGCAGAGGAUCUCACAAGUCUGAGGUCCGGAGGAUGGCCGAAGCGAUCCGUGCCGAUCGGGAUCGGGACGUGCAGGGCAACUGCCGGGGCAUCCACGUCAGCAGCCCGCAAUAUCGCGGCUCCCAAGCUCAAGAAGUUGGGAUCUUCCGAUCUGGAGGUCUCCGAAGCCUGCAUGGGAACGAUGAUGUAUGUCACUCAAACAGAAGAGAAGACAGCGACGGAACUGAUGGAAAUGGCUUUUGAUUUGGGAAUAAACUUUUUCGACUCUGCGGAAGUGUAUCCGAUCCGAGCAACAGAAGAGACGGUCGGCUCGUCGGAGGAGAUUCUUGGGCGUUGGAUGAAGACAAAACCAAGGGAUAAAGUAAUAGUCGCAACGAAGGACACGGUCACUAGCACGAUCGGUCGAUGGAUGUAUUACAUCGACCAGUUCGAUUUUGMCCCGUGCCACAUUCCCGGUCCCGCCAAUCAAGCUGCGGACGCCCUCUUACGACGGCCCGACUUUUCUGCCAUUGUGACCACAACAUUCGACCUCGAUGACGAUCUGCAACCGCAUUUCGUCAAAGGCUACAAGUCCGAUCCGACUUACACUACGCUAUAUGCAGAGCUCUCAUCGGAUCACCCGCCGGCUAGCCACUAUCGGAUUUCCGACGGGUUCCUUCUCCUUCACACGAGAGGAAAGGACUUGUUAGUUGUGCCCCAAGAUCGUAUCUUACGGACUCGUCUUCUCGGCGAAUUCCACGACGCACGACUUUCGGCACACCUUGGCGUGAACCGCACAUUAGCACGCCUCCGCCAGCGUUUUCAAUGGCCCGACGUCCUUCAUGACGUCACGACGUACGUGGAGUCAUGUGCAGUUUGCCACCGUAACAAGGGUCGAUCUCGAGUCCCCUUCGGCGAACUGAAACCGUUGCCGAUUCCUCGGGCACCACGCCUCUCCAUUGCUAUGGACGUAACAGGCCCGUUCCCCCGCGAUCGCCACGGCCAUGACGGUAUUCGUUGGCGUUUGAGCAAGUAUGCUCGCUUCCUUCCAUGCAAGUAUCAUGCUGAAGCACCCGAGCUCGCACGACUCUUGCACACCGGUUGGAUUACCAACCAGGGUGUUCCGAAAGACAUAGUGAGCGACCGAGAUACUCGCUUCAUGUCAACCUUUUGGACUUCCCUCAUGGCUGAGUCCGGUACGACAAUGAAGCCGAGCUCGGCUCGACACCCGCAGACGGAUGGCCAAACGGAGCGAGCGCACCAGACCGCUCAGAUGAUGUUGCGUACGCUCAUCCGUGCCGACCAGAAAGAUUGGGUCGACCGGCUUCCCGACAUCGAGUUCGCCUAUAACACUUCGGUGCACCCUGCGAUCUGCGUCACACAAUUCGAGCUACAUCAUGGUGGAGAGAAAGCACGGAUCUUCGUUGAUCUCCUUUUGCCACAGGCUGCCGACAUAGACGUCCCUUGCUCUCCCGCUUGCGUUAGGAAGUACUGGGACUUGCUGAUCAAAGCCCGCGCAAAUAUGCAAAAGGGCUCAGAUCCGCAUGCAGCAGCAGGCUAACCGACGUCGACUUCCAUGUCCUUUCCGCGAGGGAGACCUUGUUUGGGUCCUCUCCGAGGAAUUUGCGCUCGAGCAGGACGUUUCG